AUGACGGCUAUAUUGGUAUCGUACUAUACUACAGAUGAGGAUGAGGAGGAGGAGAAGGAUCAAGCCAACGAAGACGAGGAGGACGGCGUUGGAAGCAGGCAUCAUUAUCAUUACCAGACGGGUUUAAGAAUGUCCCCUAUAGUAGGAUCUAGUCAUACUACUCAAACAAACCUCCUCCUGGUAUACAUCUCCCACAACAACAACAACAACAUCACGAUGUUACACCAUCAGCUGUUGGAGCUCAUGAUUAUUAGGUUUGGUCCUCCUGGUAUGGAGUUAGCUUACUUGAGAGGAAAUGCACAAUUGAAUACAGGGGUACAGGACAGAAAGGGAAAGUUCAUAUUCAACAAUAACAACAACAAUAAGAACAAUGCUACUCCUAAUGAUGAGAUGUUGUUGUCCAAUCCUUGUACUAGAUUCCUAGGCAAUAAAGUAUAUUCUAGUAUACAACAUCCAAGGCGUAAUCUUACUCUUACAUCCUCUCGUAAGGAAACCAGCAACAACAACAACAACAAGAGUAGUGAUCAUACAUAUAAUAAUAAUGAUGAUGAUCCUCGGAAGAUAAUAGAAGAUGGAUUAUUACAAAUGAUGGACAUAGAUAUAUGUGAUAAUAAUCUAUCUGUAUUACAUCCAAUGGCUAUUGAUCGUAUUGUGCAUACUCUUGAUACACGGGUUCAUUUACUACACAAUAUUAUACAAGAGUUAUUACGCUUUAGUGGAGGUAAGGAGACAGCAGUAGCAGCAUUGGUAGGGUAUAGGAAAGGGAGAUUACUCAUACAACGGCUAUGCACGGCUCUACAGUAUGUAUUACUACCACCACAUGAUGAUGAUGCUCAAUGCUCUUGCUCCUCGAGUGAUGCUGGUAAUGAUGUAUUGAAUAAUGAUAAUACCAAUAGUCAUCAUCAUGACCACCAUCAUCAUGGUGUUGGUGAUUCGAUGAUGAUCAUGAGAGGAAGGGGGAGGACUCUAUCUUUAUUACAAAACAAGGAUGAAGUUACUCAUCGACAAGAACAUCGUAUACAAACACUGUUAUCAACUAUAGAAGAUACCAUACGAUGGGAACAUCUAACUUACCCUUGCUAUAACAUGCUCACUAUUCUUUCAUCAAUGCUUCAUUGUAUAACUCGACAAGAAGUAGUACCAGUUAAUGAUGAUGGUGAAUGGGGAGAUAUGUUACACACUUUAGAACGUUCGAAUAUUAUAAUAGGCUCCAUCUCCUCUUCCUCCUCCUCCUUUACUAAGUAGUGUAUAGUCCACCAGAUCAUGGAGGAUGAUGAUGAUUAUGAGCAUUACUCUAUUAUCAUUACUAGUUAUUAUCAAUGUAAUCUAUUAUCGAUGAUCUCUGAUGUCGUUGAAUAAUGAUGGUAAUAAUAACAACCAUAUUAUAGUUAUUCA